ACCCGGAAGUUAUAAUUAUCGCGGGAAAUCCAUUCAUUGAAGAAGGCGGGUAAACAGAGAAGCCAAACUAACCCAAGUUAAUCUGAAUAAAACUACCUCAAAAUGGUUCGAACUAAAGCAGAUUGCGGUGGUGGAUCAGCCACCAGGAAAGCUGUAGCAGCAAGGGCUCCAAGAAAAGCAUUAGGCAGCAGUACAUCAACAGCAGCAGAUGGCUCUUCUCCUUCAGGUAACAAAUAUGGUGGUGGCAAUCCUGUCUGUCCCCGACCAACACCUCAAUGGCAGAAAGGCAUCACAAAUUUCUUCAUAAAUGGUAAAAAAGACAAAGAAAACUCAGCACCUGCAACCAUUACUAGUGAAGAUAUUGAAGACGAACCAGUUGCUGGUGGGUCAGGUGCAUCUGGAGAUAAAAGUUGAACGAUCAAGUGAAAUCAUUCAAUUCAAUCAAACUCAUUAACUGUGUACAAAUCUGCAUCUGUAUUGUGCUAGUGUUUUUUUGGGAGUCUGCAGCAUCUACAUGUAUAGGUCUUUGAUCUCUUGUAUUCAGGAACUCUUUAGUAAAUGAUACAUUGGUGAUAUCGGGAUGGAGGGUUAAAUGGAACUAUUGGCAACGAAUGUGUGUUCAUUUCUGGAUUUUCUUUUUUGUCAUUAAAUGAUAAAUAAGCUAUUUUUAAAAAUGAAGGGUUUACAUUUUUUUUUUGUUUCAAUGAAUUUAUUGUUUUAUUCAUAAAAUAAUAAUUAACUUGAUGUCAUGUUGUAUAUAAUAUAAAACAAACUGAAUUUUUAUAUCAUUAUCAUAGCAUAUUAUUAUCAUUGUCAAUAAAGGAAUUUGCAAUUU